AGCAUCAUCAAAAUAAAAGGCCAUGCAUGUUAACAAUCAGAGCGCUGUCAGCUGUAUUGAAAGCUUUCGAAAAAAAGAGCUCUCCGUUGCUGUUUCUUGUCUCAAGCCUCCAUACCAUCCAUAAGUUCUUUUUUAUUGCCACUCAGUCGGUCCUGUUGUUACAAAAUGAUCCAUUUAUGUAUUAGGGUUUGGUUUAAGCCGGAUUGAUAUAAACUCGUAAGAUUGUUCAGCGAAAAAUAUCCUGGGAAAACAUUAAGCUGGUUAUCAAUAAUUUAUGUUUUUUAUUUCUAGAAAAAAACAUUUUUGGAUCAAGAGAUAGUUGUUUAAAAUUAUGAAGCUUCACCGGUUUUGUGUUGGGAGAAUGUGCCGUGCAAUGACAUUUAAAUUGUUAGGAUAAUGCAUUCAGAAUUUACUGAAAUUAAAAACAGUGGGUUUACAGAUAAAUUGAGCAGAAACUUAAGGGGGCAGGAACAAGACACUUCAGUUCCUCUUCACUUUGUACUUCUCCGUAAGGUACUGUAUAUCACUUCUCUAUAGCGGUAACACAGAGAGAGGACAGUUUCUAUUCAGAGACAGGUCUCUUUUGAAGGAGUUGGUAACAUAUAUUAUAAAUCCAGUGAUUAUUUGGAUGAAGAUUUCACACGUCAGAAAGGUGGCCAGUGGACGAGACCAAAAGGGAAGCUGCAGGCACUGAAGAGUGCAGACGAAUGGAUGCCAUCUUAGAAGGGCUGAUACAGACAGAACCUCUUCUAAACAGAGGACAGCGAGUCGGGCUCCAGUGAUGAUCCCUACAUCCUCACUCCCCAGGAAGGACCAUCCUGCAACUGGAGUACCACCAAAACACACAUCUGCACACCUGGACGGACCCCUGCAACCAGAAACAGCUGAAUAUUCCCCUCAGUCUUUUUCAUUUACACUCAAGAACUCACUGCAUUGUGAAUACAAAGCGUGGCACCUCACAGAGGCAUCUAUGAGAGCCAAAGGGUUGAGAAAGUUCGACCAUCUUAAGUGGUGUGAAUGAGGACUAGAUUUUUUGCUUUCACUCCGUGGGCUUUUCAUCUUUGUGUACAGUGCUCCAGUUUCACACCAGCACCAUAGAAACCAGGAAAGAAAUUUAACUGGGAGAGAAGAAAGCUCUGGACCAGAGUGGAGAAAAGAUCGUUGGACUGGAGUUUGUUUCUCAGGCACCAUGCAGUCAGAUGACCUCUUCAUUCGCAAGUUUCGCCGUCAGAAUGUGCGGCCACCUAUUGCCACCGUCAGCUUUGACCCCAAACGGGAAGCAGGUGUAGUAGAGUGGCCGCCCAGGAGGGACGUAGACGGAGCCAAUGGCGAUAGCCUCACUCCGAGCCGCGUGGGGCUGAACCUGAGGUCAGUGGGUCGGGGCCACAUCAUGCAGAGAAGUAACAGCGAUGUAACCUUAGGAGACUUGGACUCCUCCGGGAAGGCAGGGGGGAAAGCAGCUCGGGCGGCUGGUGAGAAGGUGGGUGUGGGGGCUCAGGGCGACUCAGGUGUGCUGCUACACAGGGAAUACGGCAGCCUGUCUUCACUGGAGAGACAGACUCAAGCCCAGGAGCCGUGCACAGAUGAGCAGGGGCCCCUGAGUCCAAAUGCCCUCCGCUUCAAAGACCCUUUCCUGCUUUUAGGACUGCAGGGCAAUCCUCCAGAGCCUGAUGGAUUCUUUCGGGGUCUGUCUGUUUCCACAGGGGACUCCCCAAAACCUGCCAAGCCGCCUAAGCCUGAAGGUCUAAGUAAGAAGACCAAACCUGGGGCCCCACAGAUCCCUCAACCAGGCCCUUACGACAACAUCGGGGGUGGAGCCUGGGUGAGGAAUUUUGCCCACUACGAUGUUCAGAGCAUCUUGUUUGACCUCACCGAGGCAGCCCACAACAGAGACAGCAUUGGUCGGAAAAAGAAUAUCACCUCAGGGGCUUCAGCCGCCUCCCAGCUGCGCCCUCUCUCCCAGGCCACCCCCUCCUCACCUGCACAAGGUGGGGGAGGUAACGGGGGGAAUGCAGAUGACCCUGAGCAGUCGCUGCUGCUGGACGAAGGGGAUGGCAACGAUAAUGAGCUCCUGCUCAGCUGCCCCCACUUCCGCAAUGAGACAGGGGGGGAAGAGCAGGUGGGUCUGUUUCGAUCCCAGGGUCGGCGGGGACUCUGGUCGAGCCUGCGAACUCCCAAUGAUGCAGUGUCAGUCUUGGAGGAGCCCAGAGAGAGUAACAUCCAACAGCAGGGCAAGAGCAACUACUUUAUAGAGCAUGCAGAUCUAGGAGCCCAUUACUAUCGCAAAUACUUCUACAUGAAAGAACACCAGAAUUUCUUCGGCAUGGACGAUCGCCUCGGUCCAGUAGCCAUCAGUUUCCGUCGAGAGGAGAAAGAAGGAUCCAGUGGAGCUCAGUACAAUUACAGAAUCAUCUUUCGCACCACAGAGAUGAAGACACUGCGAGGUUCCAUCUUCGAGGAGUCAGUGCCCUCUGCUGCUCGUCACACGACCCCCAGAGGCUUAUCUCCCAAAAGGCUGCUGGAGUUCAUCAUGCCUGAACUGAACCUGCACUGCCUUCGCUUGGCCUCAAACUCCCCCAAGGUCAGGGACACGCUCCUGAAGCUUGACGAACAGGGGCUGAAUUUCCAGCGAAAGGUUGGGGUGAUGUACUGCCGGGCCGGGCAGAGCUCAGAGGAAGACAUGUACAACAACGAGAGCUCUGGGCCAGCGUUUGAGGAGUUCCUGGAUCUGCUCGGGGAGCGGGUGCGGCUGAAGGGCUGGGAGAAAUACCGAGCUCAGCUGGACAACAAGACGGACUCAACUGGGACGCAUUCCCUCUACACACGCUACCAGGAGUACGAGAUUAUGUUUCAUGUGUCCACUAUGCUGCCCUACACAGCCAACAACACACAACAGUUGCUGAGGAAGCGACACAUUGGAAACGACAUCGUGACAAUCGUUUUCCAGGAGCCAGGCGCAUUACCCUUCACUCCAAAGUCCAUCCGCUCCCAUUUCCAACAUGUCUUCAUCAUCGUUCAGGUUCACGAGCCCUGCACUGACAACACCUAUUACAGGGUGGCUGUGACACGCUCUAAAGACAUCCCAUUAUUUGGCCCAUUGUUCCCAAAGGGCGCCCGAUUCCCUCGCUCACCUGCCUUCAGAGACUUCCUCCUGGCGAAGGCAGUAAACGCUGAAAACGCUGCAGAGAAGUCAGAGAAGUUCCGUUCCAUGGCCACUCGCACGCGGCAGGAAUACCUGAAGGACCUGGCCGAAAACUACGUCACCACAACACCCAUCGACUCCUCCACCAAGUUCCCCCUGCUCUCUCUGGGAGGCAAGCGCAAAGACAAGCUGAAGGGCACUAAAGGUGCCGAGUUGCACAGUGCCGGGGCACUGGUGUGGGCGGCGAUGGUCUACAGCAGAGAUGAAGCGGAGGCCGGCGAGCACAAGCUCCCCUGUCUGCUCGGGGUGUCGGCUGAGUCGGUGGUUCUCAUUGAGAGGUGCACACGCAGGGUGGUGUUUAACUGCUCCUGCCGAGAUGUCAUUGGCUGGAAAGCAGUGAUAGAGACUAAGGAGGGGGGGCCUUGCUUAGAUAUCUUCUAUGAGCGCGGGGAGUCAGUGUCUAUCAGUGUGCUGGAGAGCCAGGCAGAGGAUAUACGAGAGGUGGUGCAGAGGCUAGAGCUGGUUACGAGGGGCUGUGAGGCGCUGGAGGUCACCCCCCUGCGAGAUGGAGUCGGCCAGCCCGGCUUCCUGAUGAACGAGGAGGGGUUUGUGACGGAGCUGCAACGGUUCUGCUACGCUGAGAGCGGAGGCCUGCAGCUGUGGGCUCGUGUGGUGCGGCUGUGCGGACACUCACUGGUUCACCUGAGCCCCGAGGAGAGGACCAGGCUGCUGCGCAUUGCACACAAGAUCCACAUCACUGUCAUCCCACCGGACGAGAACGGCAAGCCUCGCAGAAGUUUCUCUGAGCUGUACCAGAAAGCCAUCAAGGAUGCAGAGUGUAAGCCUGGCGAAGACCAGUCGGGAGAGGCCUGGGUGCUGGAUGAGAGGGAAGAAGAGGAGGAGGACGAGGAGGAGGGCGAGCUGAAGGCGGGUGGGGUCGGUGAAGCGGACAUAAUGGAGGUGCAGGUGGAGGCCGAAGAGAGCGAAGAGCAGUCGUGUGAUAAAGGGCAAAGUGAGAGAAGUCAUGACUCGCUCCUCACGCCGUCCAGCUUACCUUUGUUACGGGCCACUUCUCUGCAGGACCAACCGGCCAAUCAGAGCCAGGAGGUUAGCACCUCGCAGCUCACACGCAGCUACUCUUUGGAGAGACAGCCGUCCUACGGGGAUACAUGUGAUGGGCACGUGUACGGCAACAUGGGGCUGAAGAUGGAACGCCACAUCUAUGAAAAUGUCGGGGAGCUGAGAGACGCCACACCGGAUCUGAUCCUGGCUGUCAAACCCAAGGUUCCCCUGGAGGACGAACAGUUCAUGGGGGCCGAGUUUGGCGAUGACAAAGCUUCGGCAAGUGACUCCUCUCUCUCGUCUUCCCGGUUGUCUUGUGUAGACCGAGCUGAAAGAAAUUCACGAGCCCUAAGUCUUCAUAACUCCAUCACCAAGAUUCUCUCAGAGACAACAGAUUCAACUGAGGAGGAGUGGCAAUCCAUCGCGGACCUAGCCACAGCCUGCCGCAGCAUCCUGGAGGCUUUGUCUCGAGAGGACCGCAAAGCUGGAGACGCUUCACAAGCAGGAGCUGACCAGACCGAUGGCAAGCUGAAAGACUCAAAGGAGAGUGACUCUCCAGGCCACCUAGAAGAGAAGGUAUCACAGCUGGAGGCCAUGCUGAAGAAGCUGCAGGAUGACCUGCAAAAGGAGAAAGAGGACAAGGCAGUGCUGCAGGCCGAGGUGCAGAGCCUCAGGCAGAACAAUCAGCGGCUGCAGGAGGAGUCGCAGAGCACAGUGGCCCGCCUCAUCAAAGUCACCGAGCUGCUGUGCAACGUCAACAAGCCCUGUUAGCUUCACCACUGCACGCACAAACACACAAAUCCGCAGAAAGAUGCAAAUCGUACAAUGUCCUUGUACACUCAGAACACUUAUUUUGUUCAUACAUAUUUUCAAAAAGCAAAUCCACACACACACACCUAUCCUCUUCAAUCUGUAUUACCACAGUAAUACCCUCUGUCCUGAAUCCUGACCUGCCUGUUGGUGAGGGAGUAUGCAAAUCAACUCAUAAAAAAGGAAAAAAAAAGACAUUUUCAGAAUCCCAUGACCUUCAUGGACUGACCAAUGUGCAGCUCUCAGGCUGCUGUGUUGGUGUGCUAUGCUGGAGUGCUUCUCUUAGUGUGUAUGAAACAGUAUGUGCGUGGAUGUGGACGUGGGUGUGUGCGUGUGCGUGUGCGUGUGCGUGUG